AUGGGAACUCCUGUAAACAUUAUAGUAGGCUCCCACGUCUGGGUUGAGGAUCCUGAAAUUGCCUGGAUUGAUGGGCAAGUGGCAGAAAUCAAAGGUUCAGAUGCUACCAUUGUUACCGCAAAUGAGAAAACAAUAGUUGCAGCCAUUUCUAGCAUAUACCCAAAGGACACAGAGGCGCCACCAUCCGGGGUUGAUGACAUGACCAAGUUAGCUUACCUCCAUGAGCCUGGAGUUCUUUACAACCUUGCAUGCAGAUAUGGUCUCAAUGAGAUAUAUACUUAUACUGGGAACAUUCUGAUAGCUGUUAAUCCCUUCCGGAGACUCCCACACUUGUAUGAUACCAGCAUGAUGGAACAGUAUAAAGGAGCUGCCUUUGGAGAGCUAAGUCCCCAUCUUUUUGCUGUUGCUGACACCUGUUACCGAUCAAUGAUAAAUGAAGAUGAGAGCCAAUCUAUUUUGGUCAGUGGAGAAAGUGGAGCAGGGAAGACUGAGACCACAAAAAUGUUAAUGAGAUAUCUUGCUUUUAUGGGCGGUCGAUCUGGUGCUGAAGGAAGAACAGUUGAACAACAAGUUUUAGAAUCCAACCCAGUUCUAGAAGCAUUUGGAAAUGCGAAGACUGUCAAGAACAAUAACUCUAGUCGUUUUGGAAAAUUUGUAGAAAUUCAGUUUGAUAGACAUGGAAAGAUCUCAGGGGCAGCUGUCAGAACAUAUCUACUGGAAAGAUCACGCGUUUGUCAAGUUUCUGACCCAGAAAGGAAUUAUCAUUGUUUCUAUAUGCUGUGUGCAGCACCUCCAGAGGAUGCAAAGAAGUACAAACUUGGAGACCCAAGAACCUUUCAUUAUCUGAAUCAAACAAACUGUUACGAAGUGGCAAAUGUAGACGAUGCAAGAGAAUAUUUAGAGACCAGAAAAGCCAUGGAUGUUGUUGGCAUAAACCAGGAUGAGCAGGAUGCUAUAUUCCGGGUUGUGGCUGCUAUACUUCAUCUGGGGAACAUUGACUUCAUUAAAGGGAAGGAUAUAGACUCUUCGAAGCUGAAAGAUGAAAAAUCAGCUUACCAUCUUCAGACUGUUGCGGAGCUGCUCAUGUGCGACAAGAAGGCACUGGAAGACUCACUCUGCAAACGUGUUAUCGUAACUCCAGAUGGAAACAUCACAAAACCACUAGAUCCGGCUGCAGCUACCACUAGCCGUGAUGCUCUUGCAAAGACAAUAUAUUCCAGAUUGUUUGAUUGGAUUGUGGACAAGAUAAACAGUUCCAUUGGUCAGGAUCCGGAUGCCAAAAGCAUAAUCGGAGUUCUUGACAUAUAUGGCUUUGAAACCUUCAAAAUUAACAGUUUUGAGCAGUUGUGCAUAAACCUAACAAAUGAGAAGCUACAGCAGCAUUUCAAUCAGCAUGUGUUCAAGAUGGAACAAGAAGAGUACACGAGGGAGGAAAUUGACUGGAGCUAUGUAGAAUUUGUAGAUAACCAAGAUGUUCUGGAUCUUAUUGAGAAGAAACCUGGUGGCAUCAUUGCUCUUCUUGAUGAAGCAUGCAUGUUUCCCAAGUCAACUCAUGAGACAUUCGCACAGAAGAUGUACCAGACAUACAAAGGACACAAACGUUUCAGCAAGCCAAAACUUGCUCGAACUGAUUUCACAAUCAAUCAUUAUGCUGGUGAUGUUACUUACCAAGCAGAUCAAUUCUUAGACAAAAACAAGGAUUAUGUUAUUGCAGAACAUCAGGAUCUUUUGACUGCCUCAAGAUGUCCAUUUGUUGCAAAUCUCUUUCCAUCAUUGCCAGAGGAAACAUCCAAGCAGUCCAAGUUUUCGUCCAUUGGAACGCGCUUUAAGCAACAACUACAAUCCUUGAUGGAAACCUUGAGCACCACAGAACCACAUUAUAUCAGAUGCAUAAAGCCAAAUGCAGUUUUGAAGCCUGGGAUAUUUGAGAAUUUUAAUGUCUUAAACCAGCUGAGAUGUGGGGGCGUCUUGGAAGCAAUCAGGAUUAGUUGUGCAGGGUAUCCAACAAAGAGAACAUUUGAUGAGUUUCUUGAUCGUUUCGGGAUGUUAGCUCCUGAUGUUCUUGAUGGAUAUGAGGAGAAGUCAGCAUGCAUUGCAAUUUGUGACAAAAUGGGCUUAAAGGGCUAUCAGAUUGGGAAAACCAAGGUAUUUCUCAGAGCUGGGCAGAUGGCAGAGCUGGAUGCUAGAAGAGCUGAAAUUCUGUCUCUUGCAGCUAGACGGAUCCAAAGACAAAUUCGGACGCACCUAACAAGGAAAGAAUUUGUUAUGCUACGAAAGGCUACAAUCAACACUCAAAAAUACUGGAGAGCAAGGCUUGCACGUAGGCUUUAUGAUUGUAUGAGGAAGGAAGCAGCUUCAAUCAACAUACAAAAGCAUGUUCGAGCUGAUGCAGCAAGAAAAACAUACACAAAACUAAAAGCAGCAGCAAUAGUUAUUCAAACAGGGAUGCGAGCCAUGGCAGCACGAAAUGAGUACAGGCAAAGAAGACGUAACAAGGCAGCAACAAUUCUUCAGACACAGUGGAGAAGAUUCCAUGCAGUCACCAUGUAUAAUCAGCUACAGGAAGCAAAUCUUGUGCUACAGUGCCUCUGGAGAGCUAGAGUGGCAAGGAAGGAGCUUCGAAAACUGAGAAUGGCUGCAAGGGAAACAGGAGCAUUGAAAGAAGCCAAGGACAAACUGGAGAAACGUGUAGAGGAGCUGACAUGGAGAUUAGAUUUUGAAAAGCACUUAAGGGUUGAUCUUGAAGAAGCCAAGGGGCAAGAGAUUGCAAAAUUGCAGUCCACACUACAUGAAUUACAAGCACAACUAGAAGAAGCAAAUGCAGCCAUUGUUCGUGAAAAAGAAGCAGCGAAAUUAGCAAUUGAUCUAGCUCCACCAGUUAUCCAGGAGGUACCAGUUGUUGACAACACCAAGGUGGAGCAGUUAACAGACCAAAAUGAUAAACUCAAGGAAGAAGUUGCAGAGUUAAAGAACAAGAUAGAAGAGUUUGAGAUUACAUUUUCUGAAGUGCAGAAAGAAAGCGAAGCCAGGCUCAAAGAGGCAGAGGAAUUGCAGCUCAGAGUUUUAAAACUUCAGGAGACAAUUGGAAGGUUAGAGCUCAACUUAUCAAAUCUUGAGGCUGAGAAUCAGGUCAUACGCCAGCAGGCUUUAGCUGCAUCACCUGAUGAUGAAUUCAAUGAACAUAUCGAACUACUCAAGAGGAAAAUCAUUGACUUGGAGUCAGAAAAUGAGCUCCUUCGGAGCCAGAAAAUUGUGUUGGUUGAAUUACCCACCUCUGAAGGGGAAGCCACAAUACUAAAGGGCUCCAAACUCAAUUUACAGCUGAACAAUGGCUUUCACAGAAAGGAAGAUCAUGAAAGGAUAAAGCAACAAGAAGUAGGCAAAGACGCAAACAAUUUUGCUCCCCUCCUAACUAAACAAAGAUCCCUGACAGACAAGCAGCAGGAAAACCAUGAUGUCCUAAUCAAAUGUCUGUUGGAAGAUAUGAGAUUUGAGCAAGGGAAACCUGUUACAGCCUACAUAGUGUACAAAGCUCUUCUUCACUGGAGAUCUUUUGAGGCAGAGAAAACUCCAAUAUUUGACAGAAUUAUCCAUGCUAUCAUAUCCUCAAUAGAGGGUCAGGACAAUAGCAACACUCUAGCAUACUGGUUGUCAGCAACUUCAACUUUGUUGCUUCUUGUUCAGCGUACAAUAAAAGCAAGCGCUGCGCCAAAUGUAGUAUCCCACCGCAACCGAAGCUCUCCCAGCAGUCUUUUCGGUAGAAUGGCUCAAGGUUUCCGUUCACCAACAUUGAGAGCAGAAGUCUCAAGCGGAUACAGUGGAAUGGAGGGAAACUCAAGUAUGCGAUCCAGGAUUGAAGCAAAAUACCCUGCCCUAUUGUUUAAGCAACAUUUAACUGCAUGUGUUGAAAAAAUAUAUGGCAUGAUACGUGAUAACUUAAAGAAGGAGAUUGGCCCUUUCCUGAACUUAUGCAUACAUGCACCUCGAACUGCAAGAACCAGAAUGCUGAGAGGAUCUUCUACAAUUACUAAUUCAGUUAAUAGUGCAAAACAACAGGCAUCCAGUGUACACUGGCAAAAUAUAAUCCGCAGCUUGGAUCAUACUUUGACCAUACUGUGCGAAAAAAAUGUCCCUUCAACUCUGAUGAGGAACAUAUUCAAUCAGGUUUUUUCAUUUAUCAACGUUCAGCUUCUCAACAGUUUAUUGCUCAGGAGAGAGUGCUGCUCAUUUAGCAAUGGAGAAUACCUGAAGGCAGGUUUGCAAGAGCUAGAAUAUUGGUGUGCUAGAACAACAGAUCAGUUUGCUGGAUCAUCUUGGGAUGAACUUCAUCACAUACGGCAAGCAGUGAAUUUUCUGGUUUCGCAUCAAAAAGCUCAGAGGUCCUUGGAAGACAUAACAAAAGAGAUCUGUCCGGUGCUGAGCAUACCACAAAUAUAUCGAAUAGGGACAAUGUUUUGGGAUGACAAAUAUGGAACGCAUGGAUUAUCUCCAGAAGUGAUUGCCAAGAUGAGAGCACUAACAGUAGAAGAUUCAACAAUGCCAAACAGUACAUUCUUGCUUGAUGUGGACUCAGGGUAA